AGGUACCGGUGCUGGCUUUGCAGAAGCACCCAUUGCUUCACGUCGCUGAGUCGGUGGCAGUGACGGCCAUCGUUGUCCCACCAGCCUCCCCCUGCCCUGGAAGAUGGUGAAGUACGGCCUCGACUACACGCGGUGCAGGUGGAUCCUACCCCUGCUCCUGGGCAUAGGCGUCAUCUUUGGUAUCAUUGCGCUGGCGGGCAGGGGCUGGCUGGAGUCGCAGACCUUGCCCUACGUGCACCAAGCGUCGUUAUGGGAGAGCUGCAGGAGGCCUGAUCAGGGUGGGCAAUGGACCUGCGAGUCCCUCAUGGGUUACGCUUGGGGAAGAGCUGCUGCUGCCACAUACCUGGUUGGCUUUAUACUUCUAGUCAUCUGUUUUGCUCUGGCCAUCAUAGCGUUUGCCAUUGACACACUUCGAUUCAACUUCAUACGUGGGAUUGGAGGCUUGCUUUUUGUCGCUGCUGUGUUCUCUGUCAUGGGCCUGGUCAUUUAUCCAGUGAAGUUCUCAACUGAAAUUGAAAUGACGGGUAUCAAUAUGUUCAGCUGGGCCUACGGCUUUGGCUGGACCACCGCCAUUAUGGAAAUAUGCUUGGGAUUCUUCUUCUGCUGCCUUCCUAACUAUGAAGAUCAGAUCUUGGGUAAUGUGAAGCCCACAUAUUUUUACUCUUCCCCAUAAACACCAGGAAAAAUAUGUUCAUAUUCCAGAGAUAUCUGACAGACGAGCUAUGUUUUCCAGAAUAUCAUCAUCAGAUGUUUGUAGAAAAGGCUGGAAACUCUUCAAAUGCGUGUAGAAAAAUGGUACUGACAUUCUGCAAUAAAGUUAUCUACUCUAUUUUG